UGACCCUCUAAGGUUUAUUGCUAAUGCUAAUGUCCCGGAACGGUAACGCAGCACUCCGAAGAUGGCCGGGGUGUUUGAUGUGGAGGUUGAUGGUGUAGAGCACGACCAUGGACUGGGGCAUCACGAUGAACCGAACCAGUUUGAUGUGUCCAAGCUUUCACCAGAAGAGAAGUGGAGGGUGGAACAUGCAAGAAUGCAUGCCAAACACAAAGGCCAUGAGGCCAUGCACGCAGAGAUGGUGCUGAUCCUCAUAGUCACCCUUGUUGUCGCCCAGCUAGUCCUCGUGCAGUGGAAACAGAGACAUCCAAAGUCAUACAAUCUGGUGACUCUGUUCCAGAUGUGGGUAGUUCCACUCUACUUUACUACCAAACUUCACUGGUGGAGGUUCCUGACUACGUGGUUUAUCUUCUCUGUCAUCACAGCGUAUAUCUCCUACCGUGCCACUCGCAAGCCGCUGGCCUGCACCACACCGAGGUUGGUGUAUAAGUGGUUCCUCCUCCUCUACAAGAUCAGCUAUGCCACAGGAAUAGUUGGCUACAGUGUUGUCAUGUUUACACUUUUUGGUAUAAACCUAAUAUUCAGGAUAAAGCCGGAGGAUGCAAUGGACUUCGGUGUUUCACUACUCUUCUACGGGCUGUACUACGGGGUCCUAGGAAGGGACUUUGCAGAGAUGUGUGCUGACUUCAUGGCUUCAACCGUUGGGUAUUACAGUGCAUCCGGCAUGCCCACCAAGCACCUCUCUGACAAUAUCUGUGCUGUGUGCGGUCAGCCCAUCCUCGUGGAUGUCAGUGAGGAGGGGAUUAUUGAGAACACUUACAGAUUGUCCUGCAACCAUGUGUUCCAUGAGUUCUGCAUAAGAGGAUGGUGUAUCGUCGGGAAGAAGCAGAUGUGCCCGUACUGCAAAGAGAAGGUGGAUCUGAAGAGGAUGUUCAGUAACCCCUGGGAGAGGCCACAUGUCAUGUAUGGACAACUAUUAGACUGGCUGCGGUACUUGGUGGCCUGGCAGCCUGUUAUUAUUGGAUUUGUGCAAGGUAUCAACUACAUCCUGGGUCUGGAGUGACCUGCUACUGUCAGAAAUGGACAUACACGCCAUAUGGAGAAGAUAUGCACUGGCUCAAAAGACUGAGGGCCUAACAUUGAACUAAAACACCAAUAAAAAGUGUCUCUACUUUUUGUAUAUAUUUAUAGGCACAUAUCUGUAUUUACAGUUUAUUUGAAUUUUAUCGAUAAUCUGAAUUUGGAUGUCUGUGUCAAUUUCCCAGGAUUUGCUUCACACAGCGUUACAUCAUAAUAAUUGGUUUGUGCAUCUUAUGGCCUAGUAAAGCGGUUGUCAAAAUCAUUAGAGAAGUACUUUUAACUAAUUUAUGUCUUAAGUGUUUGUUAAUACUUAGUUAAAGGAUCAUGCUGCAGUUUCUCAUCCUCAUGUCUGAUGGCUGUCACACGAGUAAUAAAUAUGGAAUGGAAAUCGACAUAAAUAAUCGCUCCCUGUGCCAUGAACAUGAAGCACACAGUAUCUACAGACUUCCUCUGGAACCGUUGUCACUGCAUCAUUUAAUGUAAUCACUCGUAUAGCUGUUUGACAUUGAUGCCAUACUUUGACCUCCAGUGACCUCUGGGAGAGUUUCACAAGUGCUUACAGUCAUGCACCAUGUGAGCGGAGGCGUCAUCAUUGGGGAAAUAAUGCUAAUCAUACUUAAACAGAGGAUUCCUCAUACAGUACUUUUUAAGAUGGGACUUUUAGUGUUACCGGAUUUCAAAAUGUCCUUGUCAUUUGCUUUGAACUUUACCCCUUUUAUUUAUUUUUUUACCCUUUACAAUAUCUCACUUCAUUAAGUGUGUAUUAUUUGAAGUGGAGGAAUGUCACUGUCUACCAAACAAGGGCUUCUGUUUUCGCUCACACAAUAUACUAUUUUUUACUUAAAGGGUCAGAUCACCUGCAUUACAAAAAGAAAAAAACAUUCUCAUAGUUGUAUUUAGCCAUGCCGAUAGUUUUAGUCCCUGUGAAACUGUUGAGUGUGUUCUGUGGGUUAUUCAGAGUUUCUGGAAUGACACAUAGCAUUGCAUUUUUAAAUCUCAUUUUUCAAUGCUGUGAGCACUACUAAGAAAAUGUAAUUCACCUCCAUCGUAUUGGGAUGGCAGGAGAAAUCUUAGAGAUGGUGUCACAAAGCCUGGCCAAAUAAAACCAAAACUAUCUGCAAAGCUAGAAACCGCUAGAGGUAAAUGAAUUAUUAUUUUUAUUAUUUUUUGUAAUUUUGGUGAACUUUAACUGUUCUGAAAUUGGAGCGACCCAGGAAGCACAAACCAAAAGCGAUGAUACUGUUAGAAACAUGACUAAAACCAUUGACUGAAGAGAGGAAAGAAAACAAACAUCCCAGAAUGAUCCUUUAACUCAGUGAGAGUGCUGAUGGUACCAGUCUUAUUUUUGUGUGAUCUGUUCAAUCCGUGGUCACUUUUUUUAAUAAUGUGGAUUUUCUAGUCCAAAGGUGAUGGUUGGUUUUUGCAUUUACUGGUCACAGUAUAUGCCUCAUAAUGCCAACUAUCUUUUACUCUGACCUCUCGACCAACUCCCAGUAAAGGGACUGUGUACAACAAAACAUACUAACAUGACCGUUUUGUUUUGUUGUCAAUGUUUUGAUCAAGAUCAGUUAAUAAAUGUCACAUGGUUCA